AUGGCGGCCGCGGGAUUCUGCGGUUUGAAGCCAUUGCUGCUUCGUCGCAAAGCUAGUAUUUUAGAGGGACUGAAAGUGAUAAAAGGCGUUAGCACGCCCAAGAGAUCUUCAAAGGGUAGCAAAGAAAAUGUAGAUUCAAUGGAGUUAUCGUUUGUAGGAGCAGACCAAUUGAUUCUAAUGGUUGAGAUUCAUAAGAAGAUCAUGGCAUUCAGAGAUAUCAUGGACUUAGCUCCAUGUAACAGCUCCGCAUCCUUGCGCGAGAUAGUUAUAAGAACCCUGCAAGACUUAAAAAAGUUUUAUCCAAAGAUCAUAAAUAAAUCUCAAGUCUCAAAGAUUAAGGACAAGCAUAUUGAUCAGGCUAUGGCCUAUUUCUGUAAGGCUUUGAAGUCUCUUGGAGAGUCAUGGAUGUUGGAGCAUGAUUGCAUGAACAAGCUCAAUAUUGUAUUUCCAACUUGUAAAGAUAACAACAAUAUGCGUCAAUUGGGUGAAACUAUGGUGGUGACUCUAGAUAACUUGAUGAUGUUAGCAAGUGAAAGGUUUGAUAUAGAAUAUGAACAAAAGAAAGAGUUCAGUCCAAUUCAGAGUCCAACUCCAACGUCAAGUUCAUUUCGAAGACUUGCAAUAGGAUCCGGGUCAACCUCAUUUUCAGAGAGUAGCUUCUCUUGCUGCUCUUCGCCUCUCACACCUAGGUCUGUCCUACCUGAGUUGAUGAAAUACUCAUCAAGAACAGCUGAAAGUCCUAGAAGUUCUUGUGCGUCGCCACUUCUUUUGGCUCUAAGACUUCAAGCUGUUGGAAAGUUAAGUCCAAAUGAUGUUAAGAAUUUUUCUUUGAAUAUGUCACCAACACAUAUUGAAAAGAUAGAUGAGGAACCAAAAACUGAAAUAGAAGUGGAUGAUAAUACGCCUAUAAAGGAUAUAUCAGAAGAACUUGCGUUGGAUUUGAACACAAAUGAGGAUAAUCAUCAUAACAAAACAGUUAAAAUUGAUGAAGCUAUGGAAGAAGUGGAGCAACCACUAUCUCCUAAAGAACAUCAGCCACAAUCUCCUAAACCAAUGCCUAUUUCUUCAUCUUCUCCACCACCCCCUCCUCCACCACCACCAUCUUCUUCACCAUCUAUGAUGGUGUCUAAUAAAAUAACAUCACCACCAUCAACACCACCUCCUCCACAACCGCCGCCUAUGUUGCAGCCAAAUGUUGCAGUACCACAAUCUUUAGCUCCACCGCCACCUCCGCCAGAAGCAGUAAGGAUGCCAGCACCUCCCCUGCCACCAACAACAGCUGCAGUUCCAGCACCUCCAUCUCCACCAACAACAGCUGCAGUUUCAGCACCUGCACCGCCACCAACAACAGCUGCAGUUCCAGCACCUCCAUCUCCACCAACAACAGCUGCAGUUUCAGCACCUCCACCGCCACCAACAACAGCUGCAGUUCCAGCACCUCCAUCUCCACCAACAACAGCUGCAGUUUCAGCACCUCCACCGCCACCAACAACAGCUGCAGUUCCAGCACCUCCAUCUCCACCAACAACAGCUGCAGUUUCAGCACCUCCACCGCCACCAACAACAGCUGCAGUUCCAGCACCUCCUCCACCUAUGAAAGGUGGGUCGGUUUUUACACCUCCACCACCUAUGCCACAUGGAAACGGAGGAGCACCUCCACCGCCUCCUCCUGGUGGAGCAGGAAGAACCUUGCGCGCCAAGGCAACUACUAAAUUGAAAAGGUCAAUACAACUAGCCAAUUUGUAUAGAACUCUUAAAGGAAAAGUUGAAGGAUCUAGCUUAAAUGGAAAGUCAGCUGCUGCCGGGAGAAAAAAUGCUGUUGGAGGAGCAAGCAAUGGAGGGAAACAAGGAAUGGCUGAUGCUCUAGCAGAGAUGACUAAAAGAUCAUCCUACUUCAUCCAAAUAGAAGAAGAUGUUCAAAAGUACACAAAACAAAUCGUAGAGCUGAGACCUAAAAUAACUAAUUUCAAGACAAACAACAUGACCGAAUUGAGCAAUUUCCACAAAGAUGUUGAAUCCAUCCUUGAGAAUCUAACUGAUGAAUCACAGGUGCUAUCGCGAUUUGAAGGCUUCCCUACAAAGAAAUUGGAAGCUGUUAGAAUGGCAGCAGCAUUGUACAAAAAGCUUGAUUCAAUCCUUACUGAACUUCAAAACUGGAAGGUAGUGACUCCUAUAGGUCAAUUCCUAGACAAUGUUGAACGUUAUUUCAACAAGAUUAAAACAGAAUUAGAUGCUAUAGAAAGAACCAAAGAUGAUGAAUCUAAGAAGUUUAAGAGUCACAACAUGGAAUUUGACUUCCACAUUCUUAUUAAGAUCAAGGAAGCAAUGGUGGAUGUUUCCUCCACCUGCAUGGAGUUAGUACUUAAGGAGAAGCGUGAGAGCAAUGGUUCAAAAAAGGCAUGCGCACAAAUGCUUUGGAGGGCAUUCCAAUUUGUAUUCCGUGUCUACACAUUUGCUGGCGGACAUGAUGAUCGUGCUGACAAGUUAACAAGAGAAUUAGCAAAGGAAAUUGAAAGUGGCCCUAUCCAUCCAUGA